AUGGAACUUCCAUUAUCUUGUAUCGAACGUAGAGUUCAAAAGAUAAAGAAAAACAUAUUCUCAUCGAAUUUUGAUAUCUAUUCUUUUGUAUGUUUUUCUAGUUACGACACUGCAUGGUUAGCAAUGAUUCCUGAUUCAAAAUAUCCUUCACAACCUAUGUUCAAGAAUUAUUUAGAAUGGUUAAUCAAGAAUCAAAAAGCAGAAGGGUUUUGGGGAGAGAGUGACACCAUUGAAUGCCUUCCAGCAACUAUUGUUUCAAUGGUUGCACUUACAAAGUGGAACACUGGCACAUUAAUGAUAGAGAAAGGACGUUUAUUUAUAGAUGCAAAUAUUGAUAAGCUGCUAAAUGAAGUGAAAGAAGAUUGUCCUCGGUGGCUAGCUAUUGUUCUCCCAUCAAUGAUUGAACUUGCUGAUCUAGUUGGUUUACAUUUCCUCUUCCCACAGUCAUCAAGGGACACCAUUUCAUUUAUUAUUAACCGUCGCAAAUGCUUUCUUAACAAGGAAAAAGUUGAUCGGAAUUUUCAUAGUUACCCUCCAUUACUGUCAUAUCUUGAAGCUCUGCCUCCAACAUAUAUUAAUGAAAAAGAUAUAUGUAAAAAUUUGAGUGAAGAUGGUUCGUUGUUUCAAUCUCCCUCGGCCACCGCAAAAGCAUUCAUGGAUUAUGGAAACAAAAAAUGCCUAGCAUAUUUACGCUCCUUGUCUCAAAGAUGUCCAAAAGCAGUUCCACAAUCAUAUCCAAUGGAUGAGGACCAUAUAAAGCUAUGCAUUACUAACCAAUUACAUAGGUUUGGAUUGGCACAGUACUUUGUAAGAGAGAUUGAAGUGCUUUUGACACAAGUUUAUAGGAAAUAUAACAAGGAGAAAGAUUCACGGGUGAAAGCAUCGAAUAUGAGUGCUUUGCAGCUUCAGAAAGAUGCUCUAGCGUUUGAGUUCUUACGGACACAUGGAUUCAAAGUAUCACCAUUAUACUUUUGUUGGUUUCUAAAUCAUGAAGAACUUAAAGCUGAGAUUGAGAGAGAUUACGAGCACUUCUCGAAUGCAAUGCUUCACGUCUUCAGAGCCUCGAACUUAAUGUUCUGUGGAGAAUAUGAACUCGAGGAAGCUAGAACUUUUUCUAGGAAAAUACUUGAGAAAACAGUUUCAACAGGAAAAGGAGGCUUAUUUCAACGGAUAGAGCACGAGUUGAGUUUUCCAUGGUUUGCUCGGUUGGAUCAUUUAGAGCAUAGAGGGUGGAUACAAGAAACUGAAGCUAAUGUUUUAUGGAAAGGAAACACAUCAUACAACAGGGUAUCAGGUCUUUAUAACGAUGAAUUGCUACAACUUGCAACUCUAAACUUUGAGUUUAAGCAAUUGAUAUACAAAAAUGAGCUUACGGAGAUUAAGAGGUGGGUUGAAAAGUGUGGUAUGAGUAAUAUGGGAUUUGGCAGAGAAAAAAGCACUUAUUGUUACUUUGCUGUUGCUGCUAGUAUAACAUCACUCCCUCAUGAUUCUUACGUACGAAUACUCGUAGCUAAAACUGCAAUUAUAAUCACAGUUGCUGAUGAUUUCUUUGACACUGUUGGUUCUCUCAAUGAACUAGAAAUCCUCACAGAAGCAGUUCAAAGAUGGGAUUCAAGAGGCCUAAGCAGCCACAGCAAAGUUAUAUUUGAUGCACUUGAUGGUCUUGUGAGUGAAGCUUCUAGAAAAUAUCUCCAACAAGAAGGAACUUCUGAUGAUAUCUCAAGCAACUUUAAAGAUCUAUGGUACGAGACUUUCCUGUCAUGGCUCAUAGAAGCAAACUGGAGCAGAAAUGGACACAAACCAUCUAUUGAUUGUUACCUCGAAACAGGCAUGACUUCAGUUGGUGCAUCUCUCAUGGUGCUUUCAUCUUCAUGUUUUGUGAAACCAACCAAGAAACUUAGGCUAACACCAUAUGAACCAUUAACGAAACUAUUAAUGGUCAUUUCUCGUUUAUUAAAUGAUGUCGAGAGUUAUCAGAGGGAAAAGGAAGAAGGGAAACUGAAUUAUGUUUUGGUCAAGAUGAUGGAGAAUCCUGAAUUUGAAAUAGAAGAUUCAAUUGGUUUUGUGAGAGAAAUAGUUGAGAAAAAGAAGAAAGAGUUUCUUGAACUUGUUCUAAUUGAUGGAUCAAGUGAUUUUUCUAAGCCUAGCAAACAACUUCAUCUAUCAUGCUUGAAAGUUUUUCAGAUGUUUUUCAACUCUAGAAACAGUUUUGACUCAAAUACAGAUUUGGUGGAAGAUAUAAACAAAGCUAUAUAUCUUCCUUUAAAGUGUGUCUCACCUAAAACAUUCCCAAAGAAACAUAUUAUCGGAAAACAUCAUAUCUGUUUCCCAUUCAAACAUAAUAGUAGGACAAAUUUCACCAGAAUGAGGUUGACGACACCUAAAGUUGGGCUUGGAUUCAUUUAA